AGCAUUUGUCUGUUAAAGUGUUUUCUAAAAGCAUUUGUUUGAUAGCGAAAAAAACGUUUGUCAGUAGCAUUUGUCUGUUAAAGUUUUUUUCUGAAAGCAUUUGUCUGGUAGUGAAAAGCAUUUGUCAGUAGCAUUUGUUUAAUGUUGAAAAAGCAUUUGUCAUUAGCAUUUGUCUGGAUAAACUCUGGCCCGUUUGGUACGCCAUAGGCGCCAGCCCAGCUGAGAUAAUUUGCUCUGUCAUUCAUUCAGAAAUAUGGACAUUGGACAAUAUGAAUAACGCCAAUCAGGCGCUUGAGCGCCUUAAUAUGAUUAUCACAAUGAGGCCACCUGCGCUGCACCUGCUUCCUGUGCAAAAUCUUAUUCUGCAACAGCGGCCAACCAGCGUCGAAAUCCUGGGUGUUCCGGGUCUACAGCAUCUGCCGGCUGAACUACAGAUGUUUAACGUGGACCCGCAGGGCAGCACACUCCGAUUCCUUCCGUACGAAGAAGAACGAUGGGCAAUUAGCCUCUUUUUUGACGGCCACUGGAAUACUGUGCGAGGACUUACUGGGUAAUCAUGCACUGUAGUGACUGUACCAUCAUUGGAUAGCUUUCAUUGCUUGUUUUUCAUGCGGCCAUGUCACAUUAAUUGUCGCUAUCGAUAGAACUGCAGAAUCACUGAAUCAGAUACCGUGAAUUUUGGCAAUUGUGGCAUGAUAGCGUGGAAGGACUAAGACGAUAUUGCAAAUUGCUGUAUUCUUGUUCGGUAUGCACACACGUUAGACUCUUAAUUUUCUUAUAGGCUUAUAUCGUCUUUUGCUUUUUGUUGCUGCUUGUUAAUAAAUGUUUAUUAAAAUUCUGGUUGAAUGUGGUUUUGUUUGACGGUGAAGCUUGGUUUUAUGAAAAUUUAUCAGUGGGAUUAAUGCGCGGAUGGGGCUCUUGAGUCUUUGACGGAGGUUACUCUCAGGAACCCCGCGGAAUUCGCGAAGAUAUGAUGAAGGGUCUGCCCAAAUCCGGCAGUUGGCAGGAUCUGAAGGAUCAUAUGCGGGAAGCGAGCGAUGUCUGCUGUGCGGACGACAAUAAGGACGGCACCGGCAGUGUGGAGUUUGUCCGUCGUGACGACAUGGACCACGCCAUCAAGAAACUGGACGACACCAAGUUCCGAUCUCACGAGGGAGAAACAUCGUACAUCCGCUUGAAGCCGGCGGAAGGCGGCAGUCAUUCCCGUUCGCGCUCCCGCUCCCCACGCAGUCGCAGCCGGACCCCUGUGCGCUCCAAACGCAACGACUCGCUAGCGCGCGGGGAUGAUGGCGCCGUCAGCGACCACGACAGUAAGCGCAAGAAGGAGGCGUCGCGUUCGCGCAGUCGCUCGGCGCAUUCGCACUCGCGCAGCAAGACACCGGCGUCCCGCAGCAAGAGCCCGGCUUAAUGGGUGGAUCACCAACAGCUUCCACUUCCGGGCCAUCACAUACAUUCACCUCUACUGGAUACACCGUUUUACUGUCAGGAAAGUGUUGGUUGUCGGGGAAUAUUGUUGCGCUGACGAAUGCGUAUUGUUAAGGCAUAAUUGUGGCUGUUAUUCGCUUUAUUUAACGGUUGCCAUGUUUCUUUUUCCUGCUGUAAUCAGGUCUCAUCGGAAAUGUUUGUUAACUUUUUAUGACGGCAUCGUAAUGCAUAACGGGUAUCCGCUGUUUUUGUUUUGGUGGCAUCACGGGAAUUUUUAUGAAACUUCCAUUUAACUGCUCUUGUGGAACUUUGUGGAAGCAAUAGACUGAAAUCAAUU